AUGCACACAUCUUACUCUAAUCAAAGAAGAAAGCAAGUGGAUGAAUGUGCUGAAUAUGAGUUUGAUAGAUCUAACAGUGGUUCUGAAAAACUAGAUGUUACUCCACAUCCUAUAUCAAAUUGUCUAUCCAAUAAAUAUGAGAAUAAAUGCUUGAAAUCGGAUAAUGCAAAAGCAAUAAUUAAAACAGAAUUGGCAAAUAUGAAGCGUCGAGAGCUUAAAUUUGCUAAGGAGAUGGCUCUUACAACUGAUACAAGAAGAUUAAAACCUGAAGUAUGUCAUUCAGAUGAAUUUUUCAAUAGUGACAGUGAAAUAGAAUCUAGAUCAGAGUCUGAAAUAUCGGGUGGAGUAUUGACAGUCGGAAGUUUGGAUGAUGAUGUUACAACACCAUCACUAGAAUCUAAUUUGCAAACUGAAAAAAGAGUGCCUUUAUAUAAUAAGAAAAUUAAUAAAAAUAUAGAGAGUGUUAUCAGUAUAUUAGACAAGAUUUCUAAGAAUCAAGAGAAGACAAAUAUAAUAAACAUGGGGUGUGAAUAUGAUUUUAAAGUAGUAGCUGAAGAUAUUAAGGAGUGGUUGAUUACAUAUGAUAAGAUAAUAUCAAAAACUUCUGUGAUUAAUGCAACUGGUGAAGUCAGAACAGGUGGCUUGUCUAAAGCUACUCAAUCUAAUACAAGUAAUAAACUUUUAUUAUAUAAAGAUCCUCCUAGUAUAAAUAUCAUAAAGUUUAGUUUACAAAGUGUAAACAAACUGAAAGCCAUUUUAGGGUAUUGCCUUUUACUUGUAAAUGAGAAAAAUAAUGAAAAGAAAUAUAUAAACAAAUUGCAAAAAUCGUACAAUGUUGUUCAACAAGAUAAUAUAAAACUAUCUCAUGCAAUUAGGAUAUUAGAAAAAUCUAGAGCUAUUAAGGAACAUCAGUAUAUUGGAGAAAUAAAAAACUUAAAGGGAAGUAAUAGAUCUAAAGAUGAAAAGUUAAAAAAUGAAAUUAAUUUAGAAAUGAUAAUACGAGAUAAUGAUUUGCCAGCUAGAAAUCAAUCUUUAAAACUUAAUAAAGUAAGUAAAGUAGUUAAUUUAAUGAUUGCUGAAAAAUUCAGUAGAUCAGAAGGGGAAAUUGGUCAAAACAAUGAGAUAUGUAAUGAAGAAUUUCAAAUAAAUUUAGAUAAAGAAUGUAUAUUAAAUGGGCCAUUAUCUACAGUGGAUUCAGCAUAUGAACUAUGUCUAGUACGGAAUGGAAGAUAUAAGGAUGCUCAAAAUUAUUGUGAGGGAAUAAUGAAAAUAACUCAAGAAUACAAUGGCCUUCAUGAUCGUACUAGAAAUGAAUAUAUAGAAAGAUUACUUGAGAAGCAAAAAGAUCAUGAAAUGGAGAUAAAAAUGAUGGUAAUGAGCCAUAAAGAGUAUAUUGAUAAGAUGAAUGAAUAUUUUAUUAAAGAAAAAGAAAAUAUAUAUGAAGCACAUGAUAAACAAAUAAAUGAACUAAUGCAAGAAAAUAAGAGGAAGAUAGAAAUGUUGAAAUCUGACCAUCUACUAGAAUUAAGUUUAAUGCAACAGAAAUAUAAACAAGUUAUGUCUGAUAAUAUUAAAGAAAAAGAUCAUUCAAUAAAGGCAAUGAAAUUGAAAUUUGAACAUGUACUAAUAGAUGUAGAAAACAAUAAGGAUCGUGAAUUAUUAAGUACGCAAUUAAAAUAUGAGGAACAAAUAACAGAACUAAAAGAGCAUUACAAAAAUAUAAUUGAUCAACUACAAAUAGAAAUGAAAAGAAAAGAGUUGAUAUUCGAGGACGAGAAGAAGAUGUUGCUGGAGGAAUUCAUGAUAACUCACAAGAAAGAAGUAGAUACAUUAAGAGAGGAAGUUAAAAAUCAGUGUAUAUCAACCAAUGACAGUAAAAAUCCUAAUAUACUGUCAGGGUAUCAAGAUUACCCAAAAAUAAACGGUAAAUUUCCACAAGAAUAUAGUGAUCAAUUCAAUGAUAUAGUUAAGAGAAUAGACACUUUGGCAUAUAGGAGUUCUACAAGUCAGUUGUCAACCUCACUACCAUCUAAUAAUAUUGGUAAUAGUAAUCCUUUUUUGGGGAAUAAUUGA